AUGGCGUUCAAAAACCCCACCCUGCCAUACCUCACCGUUCUAGAUUCGCGGAGUACAAACGGAGUACUUUGUGCGUACGGAGUAGUUGCUCCUCUCUUCUUGCCCUCCGACUCUAUCCCGUACCCUCUAAUUCAACGCAAGAAGGGCCAUCUUUGUGCCGCUGUCAACCAUGGUCGCACAUUCUUAUUCCGGGGUGAUCGUCGGAUGAGUGGAGCGAAAUUAACUGGCGGAGAAGUCUUCCCUUUUACGAAGGGUACUCCACCGCACGAAAAAAAAAUGGGAUGCCAACCAGCGUUCCCGACAGGGUUGCACCAAGGCGAGCCGGGGCGGGGAUUGGUUCGGGGAGGGGUCCUGGUGGCUCCUGUUCCGUCGGGUCUAGAAUUGCGCUCUGGCGAUCGGGUGUGUUUCAUGCUGGACGCCACGAUCGAAAGCGAGAGGGAUCUGGGUCCUGUGAAUGGUGUGGUGGGAAAUGGUUAG